AUGCCAUCCUUCAGCUUGACCCUCGGCUCCUUGACCGUCUACGCCGCGCUGGCCUUCUUCCUCUGGUACACGACCUCGGCAGUCUACGCGUGGUGGCGCCUGCGCCGCGUGCCCGGCCCGUUCCUGGCCUCCUUCUCCUACCUCUGGGUGGCCUGGCACAUCGUCCGGGGCACCGUCGACGUCGGCCACAAGAGCCUGCAGAAGUACGGCCCGCUCGCGCGCACGGGUCCCGGCUACGUCGUCACGCACGACCCGGAGGUCAUACGCAGGAUCAUGGCGGCCCGGGGCAGCUACGGCAAACACGCGUGGUGGGGGGGCGCCAGGUCGCACCCGACGGAGGACUCGAUCCUCAGCACCGUCGACAUGGCGCGGCACGACGAGAUCAAGGCCCAGACGGCCAACGGGUACAACGGGCGCGACGGCACCGACGUCCACGGCCGCGUCGACCGGCAGGUCGAGCGCCUCGUCGGCCUCGUGCGGCGGCGCUUCGUCUCGGCUGCCGGCGCCCGCCGCGUCGUCGACCUGACGGACCUGAUGCGCUUCUUCACCCUCGACGUCACGACGGACCUGUCGUACGGCCGGCCCUUUGGGUUCCUGGACAAGGGAAAGGACCUGUUCGACUUCAACCGCACCAUGGACGCCUACGUCUCGGCCAUGACGCUGGGGCUCGACGUGCCCUUUUUCCGGAACCUGAUGCGCUCGCCGCUCAUGGCCUUCCUCUUGCCAAAAGACACGGACAACUCGGGUGCCGGCAAGAUCAUGGGGAUCGCGCAGGACAUCGUUCGUGACCGGUUCGAGAACGAUAAGCGGGACGAGAAAGACAUGCUGGGCUCCUUCAUGCGCCACGGUCUCACGCAGACGCAAUGCGAAGCCGAGACGUUUGUGCAGAUCGCCGCCGGGAGCGACACGACGGGUAGUCUGCUGUCGACGACGAUGCUGUACAUCAUCACGACACCGCGCGUCUAUCAGCGCCUCAAGGAGGAGAUCAGGGCCGCCGUCGCUGCAGAUUCGGUGUCGUACCCCAUCGCCCUGGAACAGGCCAAGAAGCUCCCCUACUUGCAGGCCGUCAUAUCGGAGGGGUUCCGGAUGCGGCCGCCGGUGCCGUACGGCGCCUUCAUGGCGGUGCCGCCGCGGGGGGACACCAUCCACGGCGUCUACCUCCCCGGCGGCACCGGCGUCGGGUUCAACAUCGUGGCCAUGAUGCGCUGCGCCGAGACGUUCGGCGUCGACGUCGACGUCUUCCGGCCCGAGCGGUUCCUCGAGUGUGACGACGACGCGCGGCGCGGCAUGCUCCGGCAGGUCGACAUGGCCUUUGGGACGGGGCGACUGCUGUGCGCCGGCAAGCAGGUCGCGCUGCUCGAGCUGAACAAGGUGUUUUUUGAGUUGAUGCGGGCUUUUGACUUCCAGCUGGUCGAUCCGCGGAAGGGCUGGAGGGAACGGGCUCUUGUUGUCAGCACGCAGAACGACAUGUGGGUUACAAUUACGGAGGAUUUGUUGAGAUAG